UGGUUCGUUUGCUCGCUCUUCAAAGGGAAGUUGUCCUCCAUGGUGUCAUUGUAGGUCUGCUGAGGUUGAAUCUCCAGAAACAAGACAUGUCUGGGUACACACCGGACGAGAAGCUCCGUGUGGAGCAGCUCGCCACGCUCCGGAGGCGGUGGCUGAAGGACCAGGAGCUCAGCCCGAGGGAGCCCGUGUUACAAGCUAAACCUCCCGGCCCCGUGGCCAAGUUCUGGUCCGGCUUCCUGGAGCCCAAGAGCCUGUGGAGACUCUACACCUACAAAGCAUACAGCGGUGGAGUUUUCGCAUUAACACGGCUGUUGAUACCGGCUUGGAUUGUUCACUACUGUGUGAAAUACCAUAUUGCUGGUAGGCCAUAUGGCAUUGUGGAAUUGAAACCCAAGUUGUUCCCUGGUGACACCAUUCUGGAGACAGGUGAAAUUGUUCCAGAUCUCCCUGAGACGCAUGGCCAUCACUGAAGUUGUAAUAUUUCAAUAAUUUUCUGCUGUAAAAACUGUGUAUAUGCCAAUAAAAUAUUACAAAGUCA